AUGCUUCCUUUAGGGCUAUUAAAUGCGGCACAGGGCCAUCCAAUGCUCGUUGAGUUGAAAGACGGCGAGACCCUCAACGGACAUCUAGUCGCCUGCGACACAUGGAUGAAUUUAACACUGAAGGAGGUAGUACAGACGUCACCAGAGGGCGACCGGUUCUGGCGGCUUCCGGAAGUGUAUGUGCGGGGAAACAACAUCAAAUACUUACGGGUACCGGACGAAAUCAUCGAUGUCGUGAAGGAGCAACAAGCUGCUCAACAAGCCCAACGUGGUGGCCGUGGAGGAUCGUCGCAUAGAGGAGACCAUGGAACAAGAGGUGGUCGUGGGGGCUCUUCUCAGAUCAAUAGAGGGACCCGGGCUCGAGGGAGAAUGCGAGGGGGGGCAUGA